GCCCGUAUCCAUACCAGUAGGUGGCGGUAAUGCGCCUCAGCGCUGUAUGCAAUACGCCAUAAAACAACACCAGAAGUAGAAAGCCGCUCGCGCGCAAAACAGCACACCCAACAACAGCGAUGGCGUCCAAAGCAGGUCGUCGAGGGACGAAACGCAAAGUAGAGGCUAAAAAGGAAGAAGACAAAACUUCUACUGAAGAGAAAAAGGCCAGAGGAGAAAAUGCCCAUGAAGAGGCUGGUUUGAAGGUGCUCAUUGAACAUUGUAAAAGCUGACGCGUUUACGGGCGGAAUGCAGAGGAGGUGAAGUCUGCCCUCCUGGCUGCCCGCCCUGAGCUGACGGUGGUCUGCAACCCGGAGAAACCCCGCAGGAACAGCUUUGAGAUCACUCUGCUGGAUGGAGCCAAAGAAACCUCUUUGUGGACGGGGAUAAAGAAGGGUCCACCUCGAAAGCUGAAGUUCCCCCAACCUGAUGAUGUAGUUGCUGCUUUCAAAGAUGCUUUGAAGACUGAAUAGGUGGCCGUGCAGGAAAUGUGAUUGGUGGAAGCAUAAUGAUGAAGAGUGAUGAAGGAGAUCUUCUCAGUCCCUCUUCUGACAAACUGAGCUCCAACCUAUGACUUCUUCUGGGCACACACUGCCACCUAGUGGAUCAUCUCAGCUAUUUCAAAUCUUUGUUGAAAGUUUUUGUGCCUUUUUUAUUGGUGUUGCUUAUUAAUAAAAGAAAAUAAUCUGUU